UCGAUAUUUUAUCACCGCUUACACCCGGCCAUGGUACGACUUAAUGACGAAGAAUAAUUUACGGGAGCACAUUUCUUGGUUGCUGGGGGCAAAACCAUACCUGCCGCCCCAAAUCGGACCGCUUCCGCCUUUGAUAGACUCGAUCUCGACAGACAUCGCAGAGCCAAUUGUACUUGAAGAGACCCUGUUUUAUCCGCGACUAGAGCAAACAAACACGAAAGAUGACUUUUUGGAUCUCGACGCGUUUGAUGCUGGACCUGAAGCAGGACUCACGCCCCCGCAAUCACGAGAAACCUCGCGUUUCCCACCACCGAUAAACGCGGAGGAAAUAUCUAUUGGUGCUCGCAACUCUGCUAACAUGGCUCGACUUCGUUCCGCUCCGAACUCUUCUACUAAGCCCCGUCUUGUUAGUCGAAUACUCUCGCCGGCCCACGCAGCUCCUACGAGAAGUACUCUCUCUGGAAAACCGGACUUUCACCAAUAUAUCGAGGGAACACCUUCUAAUCGAGCGUCAAAAUCAGUCUCAUCUCUUAAUGCCAAACCAGUGGAUUCUCGGUCCAACCAUCAAUUGCUCACCCCGAGUCUCUCGUCCGCACAUUCAGCAGCGUUCUAUGUGGACUCAAUUGAUCUUACGGGCGAUGCUGAUACGCAAACCGCUUCUUCAGAUACAGUUGAAGCUUUUGGGGAGUCUAGGGCGAUAUGGAGAGAAGACUCCGCUUCGAGACAGGAGCCUUUGGUCAAAAGAGGAACAAAGAGGAAGAGCGAGGAAUUCGAGAACGAUACAGAUCGAAGAUCUACCUCGCGCGAACCCUCAGCGGGGUUCAUAGCCAUAGAGGCAUUUCCAGAAGAAGCACCACAAACAUUCUCAGAAAAUCCUCCACGAUCCCCGUCUCGAAACGCGUCUGAUUCAACGGGUCUGCCUAGAGACUCCGAUUCCUCGAGAACUUGGGGUAAAGGCGAAUCUGGGAAGGAAAUGCACGAUGAUACGGCAAUCGGGAAAAGAAAACGAAAAUCACUCAGCUCGAUUUCUCCUUCGCCAAGUUCGAAGGUGACUAGUAUAUCGGAAAUGCCUUCAACAAGAUCACCAGCUAAACAACACCAACCAACGCACAGUCGCUCUAGGAUGUCACAAGAAGAUCCUGAGGCCUCAGACCCACCAACUUCGAUACGUAUGCCGCAAACUGCUCCUAGGAUUAAUGCCGGAACAAAAAGGCGCCUGAAGCCAGUGAUCGAGGACUCUGAGGAUGAAGAGGACGAACUUGCAAGGGAUGAUAUGGAAGUAGAUGAUAAACACGAGAUCGCGUCACGUUUAACUUCGCCGGAGAAACCACGGCAUACGACUACGGAUGCUGACCGUCGAAAGCAGUGGUCCCAAUCCAAAAAUGAAAGUCAAAUCGCAACUAUUGGGGAGCUUGGAAACACUCAUGUGAAGGGAUCACCCAGAAAGUCAACGCGCAACGAUCCAGUUGCUCCAAUAGAAGACAGUAACGGCCCUUCGCCGUUUUAUGAGGAUUCGCCUACGAAGGCAAAGAUGGUCCAGCCUUCCAGCGCUCAGUCCAAUUGUGUUUCCUCUGCCCCAAUAUCUGAAGAAGAGAGAGCUUCCGUUCAACGAUUUCUCAAGGUUCCGGCGACAAAAGUCGAAGAGGUUCUCAGUAAAACCCAAUGGGAGCUUCGUGCAAACUCUGAAGCAAUUUUUCAAUAUUUGUCCGAAGAAGGCGCCGAAGCGCCGGUCCAACUUACGGAACAGGGGAAAUAUCUGAGGAGCAAAAGUCAGUCACUCAAGGAAUUGCUGGAAGUCAGGAAUGAGUAUAUAUCCUUGUUGGAGAAGAAGGAGAAACUUAAAGCCAGGGUCAUUGAAGCGCUUGAGGAAGGACUAGAAACAUCAGAAUAUCAAGGAGUUCUCGAAGAGAGUCGCUCAGCAACACAAACGCUCAAAAGGCUUGACGCAAAGGUUUUUUGGCUUCUGAAACAAGCCUCAUUCACCAGUUGCGGCUCGGACCGAGCAACACAACCGCGAGAGGAGCAGGAUUUGCGAGGAAGCGUCAUGGUGCAAUCCACGCAAGCCCCUUCCCAAACUUUUCAGACAACACCGCUUUCCAAUCCCAACGAAGGAUUUAUACAAACACAGCUUGUUCAUCAGACCCAAGUGCCAGUCUCGAACGAGCUGUCAGUAUCACAGCGAGUAGGAGCGCCAAGCGUCACGUCAAACAACAUUUUAGGUUCUCGUCCAAUAGUACGAGAGAAGCCGAGCGCAGGCCAAAUUCCCGCAAUGCCAACUGCCAGAGGAAUAUCAGCUAGCUUGGGCGGUGAUGAUUGGAAUGACGAGGAGGAGGAGGCUAUGUUGCCCAAGCCUAGUUUCAGAGAUGACAUGAGAAGAGCAGGAGGGUCUCAUUUCCAUGCCAGUAAUGGAUCCCUAACUACUACCCAGCUGGGCCAGACUAUUCCCGGAAAGGCGGCGAACGAUGAGUAUGAAUUUGAUGAUGCUGUUUUUCAGGACGACGAAGAAGCUCUCUUUAGUAGGAAUAUGGGUCCUUCGGCGUUUGACAGGAUGGAGGAUGAUGAGUUUUGUCAUGAUGAUGAUAAUGACAUGUUGGAGGUUGCCGAAAAUUUGGAAUAUGAGCACUCGUUCCAAUCGAGGGAUCAAGAUUCUUUCACCUCACGUCAAGCACUGGCAGAAACAUCCGGCAACAUAAAGACGCCGAGGAAAGGCAAGGACACUGAAAGGCGCCGUGAAGUGAGCCAGACUUGCGAGAGUGCAAGCACCCCUGACAUGAUGCAGCACCCGUGGUCCAAAGAGGUCAAAGCAGCAAUGAAGGAACGCUUCCAUUUGCGAGGUUUUCGACACAAUCAGCUUGAGGCAAUCAAUGCAACGCUUGGUGGGAGGGAUGUGUUUGUCCUCAUGCCAACUGGAGGCGGCAAGUCGCUAUGCUAUCAGCUACCCUCCAUUGUCAAGUCAGGCCGGACUCGUGGAGUGACUGUUGUGAUAUCGCCUCUUCUCAGUCUCAUGCAGGAUCAAGUUGAGCAUCUCCAGAAGCUAAAGAUCCAGGCGUUUUUCAUCAACGGUGAGGUCAGUGCUCAGCGUCGCAGGCUGAUUCAAGAAACCCUCCGGGAACCGAAUGUUGAGCAGUUCAUACAGUUGCUCUAUGUGACGCCGGAAAUGCUGAGCAAGAGCCAAGCUAUGACAAAUGCCUUCAGAAGUCUUUACAACCGAAAAAAACUAGCUCGUUUCGUCAUUGAUGAAGCACAUUGCGUGAGCCAAUGGGGCCAUGAUUUUCGUCCAGACUACAAGUUGCUGGGAGAAGUCCGAUUGGACUUCCCUGAGGUGCCAGUGAUGGCUCUGACGGCGACUGCUACGGAAAAUGUCAAGGUAGACGUUAUCCACAAUCUUGGGAUGGACGGAUGCGAAGUGUUCACGCAAAGCUUCAACCGACCGAACCUGACCUAUGAGGUGCGACCGAAAGCGAAAGCAACCGAAGUACUUGACAGCAUUGCCGAAACAAUUCAGAACUACCAGGGGCAGUCUGGAAUCAUUUAUUGUCUUUCACGGAAGAAUUGCGAAAGGAUUGCGGCUAAACUGUGCCAGGAGUAUGGUGUUAAGGCUUGCCAUUAUCAUGCGGGAAUGGAAAAUAGCGAGCGAACAGAAAUACAAAAGCAAUGGCAGAAUGGAGAGUACGAUGUUAUCGUUGCCACAAUUGCAUUCGGAAUGGGAAUUGAUAAGCCCGACGUUCGUUUUGUCAUUCAUCAUACCAUUCCCAAGAGUCUCGAGGGAUAUUAUCAGGAAACGGGCCGUGCUGGUCGAGAUGGGAAGCGCUCGGGCUGCUAUCUGUAUUACGGGUAUCAGGAUACGAUGGGGAUUAGAAAAAUGAUUGAUGAUGGAGAUGGAAGCGAGGAACAAAAGGAGCGCCAACACAAAAUGCUCCGCAAUGUCGUUCAAUUUUGCGAGAACAAGUCUGAUUGCCGCCGCGUACAGGUCUUGGCCUACUUUAAUGAGUCAUUCAGGAAGGAAGACUGUCACAAUGGAUGUGACAACUGCAAUUCCAAGAGCGUUUUUGAGACUCAUGACUACACUGAAUAUGCUUCAAAAGCACUGAAGUUGGUGCGCCGAUUUGGCCGGCAAAGAGUCACACUAUUACAAUGUGUGGACGUAUUUCGUGGCAGCAAAACUAAAAAGAUCUUGGGCUCUGCGCAGUCAAGGUUUCCUGAGUAUGGAGCAGGUUCGAAGUUGGAACGGGGCGAAGCUGAACGUCUGUUUUAUCGUUUAUUGAGCGAAGGUGCGCUAGAGGAGGUGAACGUGAUGAACAGAAAGAAGUUUGCGACGCAGUAUAUACAGCCUGGAGGAAAUUAUAUGGAUUUCAUGACGGGAAGAAGGCGAGUUAAAAUUCAAGUUCGCGUGUCCCCUCGCAAAACGAAAGAAUCAUCGAAUUCAACUAGGACCACCAAGAAAAAUACUGGGGUGGAAGCAUCACGUCAUGAGUAUCCCCAAUCAACAAAUGUGUCUUCUCCGAUACAGCAAGCCGCAUCCCGGCGAAAAGUCAAGCAAUACCGUUACGAAGAGAAAGGUGAUGCCCAACUCCACCGUAACGGCUAUGCGCGUGAUGAGUUUGUGGUCUCUGAUAAUGAUCCUGGAGGCGCCGAGAGCACCGAUAGCGAUGAUGGAUUCGAGCCAAUUCGUAUUGCUGGGAGAUCAAGGAAAGCGCCGAACAAGGAACUUGGACCGCCUAUCACCACCGAUGAAAAGCUUACCAGUCUCAACGCCAUGCAUGUGCUCGUGCUCGAAGAUUUUAUGCACCAUGCAAAAUUGGUCAGUAAUAAGAUUAUUGUGGACAAAGGACUUCGCUCUCAACCAUUUAGCGACACCAUAUUGCGAGAAAUGGCAAUCAAUUUCCCCAAAAAUAAGGAAGAACUGCUUGAAAUUCCGGGCAUUGACCCGGAAAAGGUCAGGUUCUACGGGGAAACAUUCUUGAAGCUGGUCUCGAGCGCCGAGAACCGAUAUACGACGCUGAUGCGAGAGAACGAGGACCGCACGGCAGAUCCAAACCAGGCCAAUGUAAUUGAUAUCAGCAGCGACGAGGGGGACGGCUUUGCUGCUGGCGCCUUUGGAGAGGUCGACGAAUUCGGUGAUCUCGAUCCAUCGCAAGAGCAACGCAGUUCAUAUUUUCAAUCCGUGCCCGAAGUUGAUGCUUUUAAUGCCCAGUUCACUCAAUUAGAGCCACCCGCUCAAACUUCCCGCUCCGAGCCCGCGGGUCAAACCUCUGGACCCUCUCGAGCUUUUAGCGACAAAGUAAAUAGCCGGAGCCGAUCAAAAAGUGGAACGGGCUCCGGCGGGAAGAGAGGCUCCUCCCGAGCUGGAGGUAGCGGAAAUAAGAGCCAAAGCCAAAGUAGAGUGACAAAACGGUCAACAGGCUCGAGAACAAGCGGCGGCAAAUCAGCAAGCGCCUCGAGCUCCAAACAAAGUGGCGGUCGACAAGCUACUCUGACUGGCGGUCGAGGAAUCGGCAUGAUGCCGAUUUAGCUAUCUCGCCCGUCGUAUGAUUGUGUUCUCUUUGAAUUGUUUUUUAAAUCUGCAUGAGCGAAUAUCUUUCCCAAGCAUUCUUCUCUUUCUUGAUGGCCUUGUCUUUUUCUAUUUACUUUUCAUCAAUCUGCAUGAUAUCAUAUGGCGUUUGGGACGGCGUUGUAGUGUAAUAUGCAAGGGGACACAAGAGAAACACGGAACCGGCGCUUGCAAGGCGACAAAUAUUUACUCUCUAUGGUCUCGCCUCUAGAUGAUUUGUCCUCGCGCUGAUACUCCCUGAGGGCAGAUAUAUGAGGGGGUCUUCUUUCAGCUUGUUGCUAGCCUGUUUUAUCUUAGGAUGAGUUCUGUUUUUUUUUUUCUUUCUUUCUGGUCGGUAGAAUCGGUGUUGGCAUCCUCACAUUGUAUAUCGGCUCUGGCGC